GGAAGGCGCUGUAAUUGUUGCUUACGCUGCAGCAAAAAGCUAGUCAGACUAUGUUUCGUUUGUUAGUUCCUUUCCGGUGCAAGUCACAAAAUGUACCGAAAGAAUUAAACUUACUGCAAAAACUAAGAUAUCCUUUAUAUCUUAGUUUAUCUUCUGGAAUUUUAUAUCAUAGUUUUAAGUCUCCAGAUAAUCAUACUUGCCCAACUGUAUUUGAAAAUAAAGACAAACAAAAAGAGAUCACUCAUCCUACUUUGGCAGAUUUGAUCCUUUUAUUCAGUGGUCAAGAUAAUCAGUCAUUCAAUAAAUUACCUAAUGAGGCGAAAAUGAACCGGCUAUUGAAAAUUAAUCAAGAUAUUGAAGAUGAGCUACCACUGUUCUUUGAAAAAACCCUUUUUAAUGAAUUACCGAAAAAUUUGCUAGAUUCUGAUACUGUUGUUUAUUAUGAAAAAAGAAAUGGUUCCGUCUGCAGAUUGAGAGGUGAGUCCUGGAUUCGUGCUUUAGUAGUGGCUAGUCGGGCCUAUUUUUCUAUGCGUUCAUAUGGUCGUCGACUAGAAUUGACUAGUAUUUUAUCUGAUACAGAAAGGUGGGAAGUCGAAGUUUGUUUUCGGAUCGUUCUGUUACCUUCACCAUCCAAAAGAGAAUCUCAUUUACCUUCAGAUAAAUUAUUAGAAAGAUUAGAACAACGAGCUCAGUGGCGUAAUUUUCGAGCUACUUUCUAUUUGUCUGAUUCCGGUAAAAUUAAUGCCAUAAAACUCACGCAGUUACUACCUCCGUUCAAGGAUUCGACUGCUUUAUAUCCUUUGAAUCAACUGACAAUUAAGAAAAUUCUUGCUCCCAGUCUAUCUGGUCGACGUCAUUUACCCACUCCUACUUCUUAUGGUUUUGGAGAAUUAUCAUUACAACGUAACGAUGACAUCAGUAACUAUGGUAAUCAUAAUGAUGACGUUAUAUUUUGGACACUGGGUAAUGUUAAGUAUUGGUUCCACGUAGUUGAUAAGAUUGUCAAACCAUUUGAUAUAGUUAUUACUUCCCUUCCCGACGAUCAAACUUACUCUGGUCUUGUGGGAAAAGAACAAACUGCUUGCAUUUGUCUGUCAAACGAUCAUCCGACGACAUGUGAUCAUACUACAAAUUAUAUACCACCUGUUCAAACUCCUUGUCAAUCGUUUUCAUUGAACUCUAUUUUAUUAGAAUUCUGUAUGAAACAUUCUCCAUCAAUUAGAAAUAAUAGUCAGAUCACAACAGAUAAACAACGGAGUUUGAAAAUGUAUUCUACAUCCUGUGGUCCAUAUAUAUAUCCAGCUUUUUAUUCAUUAGACAAUUCAACUAAAUCAAAUCACAUUCCUACCGUAGAACAAUUCAACUUAUCUAACUAUUUUGCUUCUUUCCCUUCACCUAGUGAUAUGUCCUCUGUAUUUUACUUAUGCAAACUCUAUAUUUAAAUUUUCGACCAGUCCUAUUUUGUAUAUUACAUAUAUCUUCAGAAAAAGCGAAUAGUAUCUAAGACCAUAUCAAAUCUACAAGUACAUAAACAUACGCUCAUGUAUGAGUUCAGUACAGUUUCUGCACAAUACUUUUCCCCAUAUACUAGAUUUCUCCUCUGUUUUAAGAAACAGAUAUUCAGAGUACUUUUCUAUAGGAAAAUAUACCAGUGAUUUUAUCUGCAGUUUGUCAACACACAGUUUUGUAAUAUUUACUUCUUUGGUCAUCUUUGUUGAGAUCGUAAUAGUCUGCUCAGUGGGGUUCAAAUGUUAAAGCUUUUUAUUAAUUACAUACUAUGUAUUUGAGACAUCGCAUAUUCAAGCCUAUUAAAUGUAUCACUUGAUAAGAUUGAAACAGCAUAAAGUUAAAGUUAACUCAACCUUUUUCUAUGUGACCGUACUUUAAAGUAUAUUAAUGCAGUUUACAACUGAUAUAACAAUACUUUUGUUGAAUAAUAUUCGGGACACAUCUGUUGACUUCAAAGCAUCUUGUAAAUCAGAGCACUGAUGUACUCUGUUUAAGUUAGUGUGAGAUUGUUUUGUCAUUAUGUAAAGUGCAAAAUGGUAUGUGC